GCCAUACAUGCGCCGUAUCCAGUCCACGUUUUUCCCCUUGCCCUCUCUGAGGGUUGUGCGGGUUUUAGGGAGAAAUAGAGGAAAUAACAUGCCAACAAACAAGAGGGGCGGGCUGAAUAACAGGAAAACGGUGGUAUGUGUUCUCUCGGAGGAGAAAAUGUGAGGGAAAUCCGAGAUAUCAGGAGGUUUUUCUUUGUGGCUGCAGCUGCUGCUGCGAUCCCGGAGCAUCCGCACCUCCAUCAGCGGAGGAUGCAGCAUCUCUCCCGGCUCUCAGUCUGCGCGGUUUCCUCACCCCAGCGUGGAUAUCUCAACGUCUGAUGGCUGGAGGACGAUGUGGGAUCAUGCUUUCGAGGAACCGAAAGGUAAACUGGACUCAUCGGAGGUUUUAGAUGAUUGGGUUAUUUCACACGCAUUUUUCCUCAGUGUGAGAGACACGGGAGGGAGAGAGGGAGAGAGAGAGAGAGAGAGAGAGAGAGAGAGAGAGGAGUGAUCUGCUCACAGUUUAAAGCUCCUGUGAGGAGUUUUAGCUGAUUAUGAAGAACACUCACAUUAAUGAUCAUCAGUUUGUUUCUAAAUCAAAAUGAUAAAUGGACUGUGAUUAUAAAGCAGUUUAUUAAAGUAGAGACAGUGGGGUCAGGUGUCUUACCUGAGGACAACCCUGGGAUCAAACCUCUGGGCCCGUAACUGGGAAACGACCAACUGAAUCACUGAGGCCCCAAGCUGGAGCGCCAUAUACCUCCAUAUUUGGGGCUUCAACUUGUAGGACUCAACGAUCACUUCCUGUCUGACACAUCUGACCUGUUGACAUGAGCUCUUCAGUGUAGAUCAUUCCUCCUGUCAGUGGUCAUGGUGUUAAAGGGAUGUUCUGGCGUAAAAUUAAUUUAGGGUCAAACACACCGUAACACCGAGUUAGACCCCCCCUUCAGAGAUGAAUGUUGUCGACCGCUUUCUUCUCUAGUUAUACCAACUUUAGUAACGACCGCAGGAUAGAAAUACAGAGAGCCAUGCGCUCAACCAAAACGCCACUCUAUAGCCACAAAUAAUGCUCAGAACAGCACCUAACUUCAUCAACAGGACAUAUAGGGUCACAGACAUAGUACUAGACACCAAACAUCUUUUUAACUUUGACUCAUUUCUUUAACAAAGAGACUAAACACAACUCACCUACUCUCUUCCAGCAGACGCUUGUUUGUAGUGAGACCUCAGGCCAGUCCAUAAUGGACUACAGCGGGCUGUUAUGACAGUUUAUCGUUUAAACUGUAUUAAUUAUUGUAUUGUUUAGCGUUUUAUGGUGUAGAGGAGAGUUUUGUUUCUUCCCUCCUCUCUUUCUCUGCUUCUCUGGGCUGUACUGCAGGGGUGAUGCGUCCGGAUUGGACUGCAGCGUGGAGACGAACCAGACGCACAUUGGAGGACUGCUGUGGAGUGGAGGCGCGUGAUUGGCGUAGAGCUGAUGGGCGGCAUUUUUAAACUCGGCUGCAGGCGUAGGGACACCGACUCACCUUCGUCACUCCCAACAUCUCGCCAGAACACAGCGUUUUUUGAGUUAUCAUUGAGUUGAGUUAUAUUGUGUGAUUUUGGAGUAUAUUGUAAAAGUAGUAGGUAAAUGUAGGGGAGAGUAAGCCCUUGUUUUCUCCUGCUUUUGGGUAGGGAGUCAAAUUUAGGUUUGUAUAUGUUUUAUUGUAGAUGUCAGCAGUGGCGGUUCUAGACUACUACUCCCCCGGGCGAACAGAUAGUUUUGUAUUAUUAUGAUUACAACAACAAAAAUAAAAUAUUUCUCUAUUGCAGAAAUCCUUCAGUAGAAAAAAAACACAAUCCUGAGGUUUGUUGAGGUUUACAAAAAAGCUGCUAUCUCGGCCUCUGUAGUAGAUAGAAACAAAAUUCAAAAAGUAUUUGAGAGCUUAUACGUGUGGCUUUCAAGAAAGCUCUCUUUUAGUCUUGUGAACCUUCAUCACAUUUUUGAAAACCUUGAACAAACAAACUUAAAUGAAAUAAAGCUGCUGUAUAAAUAAAAGUAAAGGCUCUGCACUGGAGAAUGUCAAACAGUUUACUUUCUGUAAAACAAAUGGCAGUCAUGAUAAAGUGUCUAUUCAGUACAAAUGUAAAUAUAGAAAAUAAGGUGUUGAAAGGGUAAACAGCUGCCCCAGUAUAGUGCCAGUACAAAAGCAGCUCUAAAAACUAGAAUACGUGGCUGACAGUGUGUUCAUCUCUGUUCUCUCCCAAAGUCAUGCAACACUCAGAAAUUGCGACAGUGUGAGCCAAAGAACUCCAUAUGAAGAGUUUGUUCACACUGCUGGAUAAUUCUCCUCUGAAGCUGCUCUCUGCGUCCGUCAUUGUUUACUCGUGUGUUUAAGUACUUUACUCUUGUUUAAGCGCUCGUGCCACCCCCCAUGAGUCAUGACACAAAUGCUGCCCUGUUCGCCCGUGCCUAGAACCGCUACUGGAUGUCAGGUAAGGUAUUUUGAUUUAUAAGAGUGUUUUUUUUUGUAACUGCUUGUUUUGCUUCCUCUCCCUGAGGUAUUCCUCGAGUUAUUUGUAAAUAAAAAAAAAAGGAAAAAGACAAUAAAAACUGAUCGUUUUAGACUGCAAAUCCUGUUUACGGUGGUUUUUAUGCUGUGUCAUCUUAAGAGUGACGGAGGAGUGGUCAAACUUUUUAUGUGACCUCCAGUAUCCCCCACGCUGGUCGUUACAGGGGUGAUGCAGCUCAAGGAUGAUCAUUACCUUGAAGUAAUAAUCACCAUAUUAAUCAUUUUUCACUGCAGACGCGGUAGUUCUUCUGCCUCAGUAACUCUGACUGAUUGUAUUUCCAUGAAGAGAAGAAAUGGAAGAGAGUAGGUGAGUUGUGUUUAGUCUCUUUGCUAAAGAAAUGAGUCAAAGUUAAAAAGAUGUUUGGUGUCUAGUACUAUGUCUGUGACCCUAUAUGUCCUGUUGAUGAAGUUAGGUGCUGUUCUGAGCAUUAUUUGUGGCUAUAGAGUGGCGUUUUGGUUGAGCGCGAGGCUCUCUGUACUUCUAUCCUGCGGUCGUUACUAAAGUUGGUAUAACUAGAGAAGCAAGCGGUCGACAACAUUCAUCUCUGGAGGGGGGGUCUGACUCAGUGUUACGGUGGGUUUGACCCUAAGUUGAUUUUACGCCGGAAUAUCCCUUUAAAGCUGAUGGAUGGAAAUUCGACAUAUUUAGACACAGAUAAAUCCACUCUGUUAGAACCUGAGGUUGCAGUGUGAGUCUAAAGGUAAACUCUUUGACUUAUAUUUAAUGAGGUUUGCCUUCCCCCGUCUGGUAAUUGUAGUCUUAGAUGUGUCUCUUAUUUGCUUGGAUGGCGGAUGUCUCUGAAUAAAAGGUGGGGCCACCUGUUGUUAUACAUCUGCUGCUUUUUACCUUUCUUUAGUAAGACUUCACCUGGCGGCAGAGACAUCCCUGCAGAGCAGACAAGGGGAGCCCUGAAUCCGUGACACUUCUCUCCCAUCCUCCCACCUGUCAUAACACCUCCUGCAGCCUGGACUUUUAAUGGCUUUUCUGCUGAGAAGAUGGAAGGUCUCACUGGUGCUGAAUGUGAUUGCGGUUGCCGGGUUCAUCACUUACUGGGCCAGGUGCAACACACACAGUCCCCAGGCCUCUGGUCUGGUGACUGCAGCUGACGAAAAGACGCCCCGGAGCAACAGGAUGGCACAGGGGCCCAACAUCAGCCACGAGGUUCUGCUGAAGAGGCUCAGCUCCCUGGAGGACGUGGUCUACAGGCAGCUGAACGGUAAAGAGCAGUGGGUUAGACUGUUUGGUACCUGAUAGAUCCUGUAGGUCUGAAGGAGAGAUCUCAUUUCAGUGAGCAAAACCGGUCUGACUGUUUCAAACCACCAUCAGUCAGAUUUUACACCGUCUGCUCAAUCUGAACCCUUCAAAUGAAAUACAAAGAUCCCUCAUCGCUGCUUUUAUUUAUUCUCAUCUGAAGAGAUUAGAUUCAAAAUGAAGUCUGUAAUCAUGAUGUUAAUAUUUAGUUUUGGGUGUCACAUGUUUAGUGUUAAUUUGCAGAGUAAGAAGACAAGAUUCCUCUUCAUACGAGGAGAGAUAAAUCAGGAUUUGUUGUGAUUCAUUGACUGAAAUGAUAUUGACAAAUGCCAAGAAGCGACUUUUUCUCAGCAAGAUUUCUCUUCAGGUCUGUCCAAAUCUCUGGGCCUAAUCGAAGGCUUUGGGGGUCGAGGUGAAGGUGGUCUGCCCGCCACAUUGUCUCCGUCUGAGGAGAGCAUCGCUAAGAAACUGAUGGAGCGAUACGGCUACAACGCCUACCUCAGCAACAAAGUCUCUCUGGACCGCAGCAUACCAGACUUCAGGCCCAACAGGUGAGUUCAUGUCAGGACGAUCACUCUGCCUUUGACUUUGGUGUCGGUACGGCUGCACGAUUUCACCGAAAAUAAAAUCCAGAUUUUUUUCUCUUAAAACUCAAUUUUUGAUUUUUUAUUCAGUAACAACUUCACCAAACUUCACUUUGAAAAUAAAAGUUUUUCUAUCAUCUCUCCAAACGAAACCACUGAAAACGAUGUAGUUCAUAUGCCAAGCCUGUAGUGGCGCUGUAACGCUGCACAGGAAAUGCACCAAAGACAAAAGAAGAGUACAGAGUGUGUGUUUAAAGGUUGUUUUGGCGCCAUAAAAGAGUUCCUCUGUGUGUCACAUGAUCGUUUCCAGAGAUGCAGAUAGACAUCCACACGGAGAUGAAAUGGUCGUCGUUUACAGAUUUAUUCACUCUCCGACCCGUUUUUAAAAAGUACCGUUUACAGUCACCUGAAACGCCGAUACGACAAAAAACUUUUGUGUUUCCUCCUGAAUUCUCCCACAGGAAGGGGGAGGAGCCUAUGGUGGCCUGGGGGAGCGAGGCAUGAUCGAGAGGAAUGAAUUAAAAUCGAUGAACCGUGCAGCACUAGUGGACACUCAGGGAACUGCAGGUUUUAGCUCCUCUGAGUCUGGGGUUACGAUUUGAUGUGAUUUCAGAAUUUGGCGUUACCUUGAAUAUGACAAAAAUAACAUUCCAACAUAUAAGACGAAUGCGAGCGCUGCGUCCUGAUCCCCUUCCAACACACACUCAUGGACUAGUAUUGGGGUUACAAGUACUCGGGUGUGUACAUGAGAGUGUGUGUUUUUGGUGAGGGUGGAGGAGCGAGCUGCACAGCGCUCUCGUUUGUCACCGGGGGGUCUUUUAUGUUGGCGGGAUCAAAGUGGCGUGUGAAGCGUGUUGGGGUGUGAUAUUUACAGGCUUAGCGGCAGCAGUGUGUAAGCCGGAGUCUGAGGAGUCCGCCAUGUUUGGCUGAAGAGCCACAGGCAGUCCCCGAAAAAGAGCGAGGGGGGCGGAGGGAUAAGGAGGACAUAUCGGGUGGAGGAGGAGGAGAACUGGAGUGAAUCUCACUCACCGGUGGUGGGCAUCCCAUCAUGCAUUGCGUCAUGCCAUGUAGUGUCCGAAACCUCCGGUAAUUAAGUUCACUUCAUAGUCAGGUAUAUAGUAAAACCCCAUAUGGGGGUUAGGGGUUAAGUGAUUCAUUUCGGACACAGCCAAGGAAUCAACUCCUACAAAAUAAAACAGGAAAUAAACACUAAAAACUGAUCUAAAGAAUAAAACACAGAGAACGUGAGGGAAACAGGGUCAAAGACAAACUGAAAACUACAGGGGAACAGGAACACCAAUGAAAAUACACUAAAAUAACAAAACCAGGAGAAAACUACAUUUACCAGAACAUACCACGACAGGAUGACGCUGGACUGGUAAUUUGGCGCCUUCCCACUUCCACACCUCCGAUCAUUACCAGCUCUGUCCUCCUAUUUACACCGUCUCUCUGCCUCCUGCUGCUCCUCCCCUCUCUCUGUCUCUCCUCAUUAGCGCUGUGAUAUCUCUAACCUCAUCAAUAAUGUUUAAACUGUAUAAUUUACAUUUACAUACGUCUUAAAUUAGUUUAAAUAUGCAGUAAUCAGACAUUAAUACAACAGUAUUUCUUUUUAUUUCACAUUAAAUGUCAAUGAAAAGUUUGAAAAAGUCAUCAUUGUAACCUGGGGGUGUCAUGAAGAGGAGGAGGAGGAAGAAGAGAGAGGGAGAAAGGGGAAAAAAGACGUAAUUUCCUGAUUAUUCACAGUAACUGAAAAAACGUAAAAAAAAAACCAAACCUGCGUGAAGCUGACGGAUUGAGUUUGUCGCCCACUAUCCUGUUAUCUUAAACCAAAAUGACUUAAAAACACAGAAAACUAAAAUUGUCUGUGAUAAUAACAAUAACUGACCUAAAAGAAAGCAGAAUAUUUUAUUAUUAUUGGGAUUAUUUAGGAGUUCUUUGUAGCUCUUCAUUUGAGGGUCUUGUUUGAGGUGCCCCCUCCCCUCCGACACGAGCGCUGUAGUUUAUUCUACCAUCGUGUUUGAAGAAUCAAUAAUUCAAGUUUUUCUCUUUGUUAUCCCCAAACCUCCGGGCUUCCUGACGAAUAAUUCAAGAGAAAAUGUAAAUAAGCUCAUUUUAAAUCCAUUAAAGACACACUGUGUGACAGAGUUUAGAUCAGGAGGUCAUUUAUAAGACCAGUCACACCAACAGUCUUUCCUCUCCUGGUCUCCUCUGAUCCGCGGCCGUCCUCUUUCUUCCUUUAGACGUUAUUUAACAGAAGAGUCUUAAAAACAGCAGACACGCUCUGAACACACAGCCUCACGUGUUUUUAGAGGUUCGAGGAGUGAAGUCUGUGAACUCUCCCUCUGAAGGUGUGAUGGUCUGUUUUUGUGUCUGUCUGCAGAUGCACAAAGAUCAGCUACUCCAGAGACCUCCCCCAGCUCUCCCUCGUCAUCAUCUUCGUGAACGAGGCGCUGUCGGUGAUCCUGCGCUCCGUCCACUCAGCAGUCAAUCACACGCCGGCUCACCUGCUCAAAGAAAUCAUCCUGGUGGACGACCAAAGUGACGACGGUGAGUAGAAGUGAAUCUGAAAAACCUCAUCUCCCAGCUGCUCUGGGUUUUAUUCUCCAGUAUCUUCAACAUUAUUUGAUAUUUACAGUUUUUUUAUUUUGUUGUGGAUUAAAUGUUUUAAUCCUUUAAAAGAGGCGUGCGGUUUCAGACCGCUCAGUGUUGACUGUAGCAGCAGAUAGUUGUUUGGUUUUGGGAUUACAGGUUUGUUCUGAAGAGCAGAAAUUACAGCUUGUCCUCAAUGAUCAAGUUUAAGGAGAAGGAACUGUAAAUCUGUCAACUUCAAUAUUUGUCCGUUUGGAAGGAUGCAACCGUCCGUCGUGUUCAGUGUGCACACAGCACAGCUGACUCUCUCAGUUCUUGUAUUUAGGACGAAAUGUUUGUGGUUGUUUGUUUUCCUUUGUUUGACCCAUUUAGCAGAGCGAGCAGAAAUGAAAUGAUCAUCUGUAUUUUUAAACAGAUAUAAAAUAGAGAUGAUCAUAAACUUUGAGAAUAAUAGUGUAGGGCUGGGCGAUAUAGCCUCAAAUCAAUAUCACGAUAUAUUGAGAUAUUCUUCAGCCACUCCAACUUUCUCUCCGUCCUCCAUCUCCUCACCUGUCUGUCCCUCUUUGUUAUGGACUGGAUGGGGCGGAGUCACGUCUCUGAUGUAGGACAGCGUCUUAAAGGGACAUGAGACCAUAGCCUACCUACACACAUCCAAAACCAACUUUGAUUUAUUGAUUUAUUUGACACUGAAUAUACUGAUUUGAUAUUUACAGUUUUUUUUAUUUUGCUGUGGAUUAAAUUUUUUAAUCCUUUAAAAUGUUGGUGUUGUUUUAUAAAGAGGCGUGCGGUUUCAGACCGCUCAGUGUUGACUGUAGCAGCAGAUAGUUGUUUGGUUUUGGGAUCACAGGUUUGUUCUGAAGAGCAGAAAGUACAGCUUGUCCUCAAUGAUCGAGUUUAAGGAGAAGGAACUGGAAAUCUGUCAACUUCAAUAUUUGUCCGUUUGGAUGGAUGCAUACGUCCGUGGUGUUCAGUGUGUACACAAUGACGUUGGCUAUUGUCGUAAAGUAUGGUAUCGGUAUAUUUUCGGUUUAUCGCCCAGCCCUACAACAGUGUCACAAUAAUCCAAUAUGGACUAAAACUCUGCUGCAGAAAGUUUUUGUUGCCUUUGUGUUGAUGGAGAUUUUUGAAAGUGAGGAUCUUGAACUCUGGUUCAUCUCAGGAGCUUUUUGUCCUCUGUGUUCUCACUGAAGGAGGUCCAGAAUCGAGCUGCUGGAUCCAUUUCUCUGCACUGAACCGUCAAACAAAGUUCAAAUCAGAGUCUGAACCAUCUGUACUUAAAUGAAAUAUCAGUGUGAAGCAGAUAUAUAAUCUUGAAGCUGCUCAGAGUUUGAAUUGUUGGAUCGCAGAUAACCGAAGUAAAAGCUCAUUUUUCUGUGAGAUUGGUCUUUCAGGGGUACGGCGGCAGCGUCUCGGUGAAACUUAGAACGACUUCUCACCGCUGUCUCUAAGGUUGACAUGAGGACAGCAGCUGGUUUCUCUGUCAUCUCAAAGACCACAAACAACAGGGGCCAGCUGGACUGAGUCAGACCAGAGACCAGAACUAGGACUGAGACCCUUUUCUCAACAUGCAGACAGAGGUGUUUAACUUUGACGGCCUCUCUUUGACGAAGCCUGUAGAGGAGCAGCGUUAUCUGAGGUGACUGACAGAGUAAAGGAGAAAAAAUAAAUGUGUGUGAAUGAAGGAGGAUAAAAGGAGGAAACGAGGGAGAAAGACGAGAACAAAAGGAGAAGCUUACCGAGCUUUUAGGGAGAAUGAGGGAAAAGAUGGAGGCCAACACUGACGAGAGAGAAAGAGAGAGAGAGAGAGAGAGAGAGAGAGAGAGCAGAGGUACGAACAAAUGAGGAGUGUUCGGGGAGGGAGAUCUGAGAUCGAGGAUUUAAGGGAUAAAGACGAGAUCAUUUUAACUCCUCAAAACAACAUUUACCUGAAACCUGAAACUGUGUUCACUGUUCCUCAGAGAGACCUCCGCUCCUCCUCCUCCUCCUUCUCAGGAUUUGAUAAGGUCUGUUCAGGACUGUGGAGGUCUGUGCUGCUCCUCCUUUUCACCUCCUCUCUGUUUCAUGAGAAAAACCAGAUCAGGAGGAGCAGCAGCACAGAUCUCUGAGCUCCAGGACAGGGAACUUCUUUCUUCUUCUUACAACACCAACAUCAUGAUGGUUGAAGUUAAACACCUCUGUCUGCACGUUGACAGAAGGGUUUCAUAUCUACACCAAACAUCUUUUUAACUUUGACUCAUUUCUUUAGCAAAGAGACUAAACACAACUCACCUACUCUCUUCCAGCAGACGCUUGUUUGUAGUGAGACCUCAGGCCAGUCCAUUACAGACUACAGAGGGGUGCCGCAGCUCAAGGAAGAACAUUUAUGAUCAUUGUCAUCAUAACUCAAUGUUACCGUUGUUUUGACCAUAAAUUAAUUUAGCGCCUGAAUAUCCCUUUAAGUGAAAACCCUCAGGUCCAAUCCAAGUCCAGGUUAGACGCCUCUUACCGAUGACCUCUCAGCUGUUGUUCUGUUUGAUUUUGUUGACGGUCCACAGAGCAGCUCAAAGGACCGCUGGAGGAAUACGUGAACAAGCGUUACCCCGGUCUGAUCAAGAUCGUCAGAAACCAGAAGAGAGAAGGACUCAUCCGAGCCAGGAUCGAGGGCUGGAAGGUCGCCACUGCAGAGGUGACAGGGUUUUUCGACGCCCACGUGGAGUUCACCCCGUUCUGGUGAGUAACAACAUUCAUCAUCAUCAUCAUCAUCAUCAUCAUCAUCACGGCUGUUUUUAGUCGGGCUCAGAUCCUUUUCAGGUCAGUGUUGAGUUCAGAGGAUGAAACCACCGCGGCGUGCUCAGCAGGAACAGACACGCCCCCCAGAGUUGCGCCGAGCUCCAUCAAACAGAAUGAGGAACAAAGUGGAAACGACCCGAGGGACGUGAUCAGGGACAGACGGGACCCAGAGAGUCCAGAUCUGACAGGAAGUCCUCUGUGUUUCUCAGGGCCGAGCCGGUUCUGACCCGGAUCAAAGAGGACCACAAGAGGAUCAUCCUGCCCUCCAUCGACAACAUCAAGUACGAAACGCUGGAGCUGGAGCCCUACGGCAACUCGGCCCACGGCUACAGCUGGGAGCUGUGGUGCAUGUACAUCUCUCCACCCAAACAGUGGCACGAGGAGGGGGACGACUCCGCCCCCAUCAGGUAAGACGACUCCGCCCCCACCAGGUAAGACCACCUCGGCCUCUGAUGGGACUGUAACCAGGGCCUGAAAUCUGGUUUAUUUUAUCUCUAUAAAAAAUGAUAAAAUGGUAAAAACGGGGUCACUAAAAUAUCGUUGGUGCAAAGGAUAUUGGGUCGUAUUUCCUUGUUUCCUUUCCUAAAGGAUGGUUCAGUGUAUCCCAAGGAGGAAGGAAACAAUGACGCUCCUUUCCUGUUUUCUUUAUUAUUAUUUCAUACUCUCAUAAAAAAGAGUUUUUUUCUUAUUAUUAGAUUAAAUUAAACUUUAUUAUCGUUACACUUGUUCAGAACAACGCAGUGAAACGUAGUUUAGCAUCGAACCAGAAGGACAAACGCGGUUUCAGAUAAUAUUGACAACACAAAUAAGAGACGGUAUGAAGUCACUAUUGUCAAUAUUAACAUUAAUUACAUUAUAUAACAUUUAAGUAAGUGCCAUCAGCGUUAGUGGUGGGCAAAACCGGUCAUUUCAGUGAACCGGAUCAUUCCGGGUCGGUCAGUAAAAAGACCCGUUCUUUUCGUUCUUUUCGGUCAUUUCGAUCAUUUGUCAGCCCCCUCCCUCACCAUGUUCAGAGCCCUAACACAGAGAGCGCCUGUUCUGGAGGUUCUCGAGGGCAGUGAGCGGAGCGCUGGGCUGUCUUCACCCCCCGCCGUAGUGACUGACGCUCCGCCACAGAACAGUUCCCAAACCAGGUCGUGAUGCAGUUUGUUAAAAUACUUUCUAACACAGAGCGAUAGAAGUGCAUCAUCACGACACGCUGGUGUAACUUCUCCAUGAGGCUGGAGGUGCUGAUGGUCCAGGACAGAUCCUCAGAUAUGUGGGUUCCUGGGAGUUUGAAGCGGAGAACCUGCUCGACUGGUUUCUCCUUCUCUGCUCCUCCUGAAGUUCACGAUUAGUUCUUUGGUUUCGCUGGUGUUGAGGUGGAGGUUGUUCUCAGUAGACCAAGUGGAUCGAUGGUGGAUCUCCUCUCUGUGGGCUGUUUCAUCGUUGUUGUGGGUGAGGUCUGUCAGUGUGGGGAUGGACUUAGUGAGGGACACUGGUCUGAGAAAGGGGCUUAGAACACGACCCUGUGGGACUCCGGUGUUGAUUUGAACUCUGGUUCUUAUCACAGUUCUGUAAACGCUCCGGGUUAAACCAUCAGGUGGGUCAACUAUGAAGCAGGAUUUGAGGUUAUGACUCCAGUCUUUGUGGGACCACUUCCUGUGAUCUCCUCCUCAGAUCUAGUAAAACCACAUACCUGACUCCAUCGUACAGAUUUCUGCUCUGAACCACACAUUCAGGUCCUCCUUCUCCUCCUUCUCCUCCUCCUCCUCCUCAGGUCUCCCGCCAUGAUCGGCUGCUCCUUCGUCGCCAACCGCGAGUACUUUGGCGAGCUCGGCCUGCUGGACCCGGGCAUGGAGGUGUGGGGAGGAGAGAACAUCGAACUGGGCAUCAAGGUUUGAGUUUGAUUCUCUUCCUUCUGUUACGUCUUCCCUCCUCACAGCUGCAGGGGGUGCCAUCGCCGUCACUGCUGAUGAAUGUGGUCCCGUUAGGAGUCCAGGGGGACCGGACUGUGGAGAUAAAGAGGUCACCCAGAGCGGGGAGGCUGGACAGGAUGUAUCUGAGUGUACCGUAAUGACCCUAAUAUAGGUCCGCCCUGAAAAUAGGAGGGUGAAAAAACAGACUUUAAAGGAACAGGUCGUGUUUUUAUUAAUGGAUAUAAAAACGAGGUAGAGUUGACGAAGGUAGACCUUAAACAAAGCCGUCUCUGGUCUCUCUGGGUCACAGUCUCGGGUCUCUCUGGGUCACGGUCUUGGGUCUCUCUGCAGGCCUGGUUGUGUGGCGGCAGUAUGGAGGUCCUGCCGUGCUCCAGGGUGGCUCACAUGGCUCGCAGGAAGAAACCGUACUACAGCGACAUCGGCACUCAGAUGCGGCGUAACGCUCUGCGUGUGGCCGAGGUCUGGAUGGACGAGUACAAGUCAUUCGUCUACCAGGCCUGGAACAUCCCCAUGGAGGUGAGAAAGGGGCUGUUUCUAUGGCAACAAGUCUGCAGGGUCUCACACAGAAAGAGCGAUGACGUGAAAAACAAACUUCUGACUCCUGCAGAAUCACGGUAUCGAUUAUGGCGACAUCUCUGAGAGGGUGGCGCUGAGGAAACGUCUGAAGUGUAAGAAGUUCAAGUGGUACCUGGACAACGUUUACCCGGAGAUGAGGAGGUACACAAACACGCUCUUCUACGGACAGGUGAGUCUUUCUCCUGACCCUGGAACUCGCUGGUCUAACCUGACCCUCACAGACCCUUUUCUUCGUUCCAGAUCCGCAGCUCUAACGUCAACCACCUGUGUAUGGAUCAGGGCGAGAAGGGGAACCACACGGCCAUCGUGCACCCCUGCCACGAGUGGACUCCUCAGGUACACCCACAGACACACCCACAGACAGAGUGUGUCCAUCAGCUGUGUCUUUGCUCGCCUCUCUCCAAACCUCCCAGAAGUCCUCGGCGUCCUCGGCGUCCUCGCUCUGGUCUUCAGCUGUGUUUCCUCAGCUGUAAUCCUCUUAGCGCAGAGUUUCGCUGCCGGGCUCCAAAUGUUUCUGAGCUGCAGUUUUUUUCCUGCUGAGGUCCUGACUCGGUCCGUGUCACUUCCUCAGCCUCUCCGCCUGCAGGGUCUCUCGUUUUCAGCUCAGGAUUUGGCUCCUGCGGUGAAAACUGAAAAGACGAGCGCGGCUGAAAACGUUUCCUCCGGGUCGUCGGUGAAGUACAGCGUGAAGGUUUUCAUUCCAGCUCCAGUUUUUGAGUUCUCGUCCAGGGAAACAGAGAUUUGGUCUUACUUCAAUUUUUACAUGUGACUGUUUCUGAAGAGAAGCAGCAGCAGCUUCACAGUUUUAACUCUCAGUUCCUGUUUAUUUGAAGCUCCAUCCAAAACAGACAUGCAGAUAAAUGCGCAUAAAAUCAUCAUUUUUAAACAGUUUUUCUUACUUUUUUAGACUCAUAUUUCUUAAGAGACUUCAGCCCUGAUCAUUAAAAAAAUAAUAAUUAAAAAAUUAGAUGUAUUACCCUUUUUAGGCCAGUUUUUGUGCAACAUGUCACUGUUAUUUUUAAUGGUAAAGAACACAAAAUCUCCAUAUUUCCCACAUAAAAUGACCUAGAUGAUUUUUUUAAAUAAAAAGAGUGUGGGUCAUGUCAGUGAUGAAGAGUCAAACUGAUUUUGGUUCAAUUAAAUUCUUUUUUUCUUGCCAAUUUUCCGUAUUUUAAGCUCCAUCCAGUCGACUUUGUCCCUAAAACAGACAUGCAGAUAAAUGUUCAUAAAAUAAUCAUUUUUCUCCUUCGUUACCAAAUCAAAUUAAUCAAAUUCAUGUGUUCAUAAUAAAUUAAUUUUAUAUAAAAACAUAUAAAAUCAGAAGAUAUACAGUAUGUAAGAUGUGAAUCAAUUAUGAGUGUUUAUCCUCCUCUAACUAAAAUCUGACCGUGAUUACUCUGAUAUAAAAAUAACUGCAUAUUUGAGACGUGAUAUCUUCUCCCCUGAUGAUCUGAAGGACCUGUUCAUCCUCAUGCAUGUCCAUCCACUCGCUCUGAAGUGAGGACAAAGUAGAAAUUGUCCAAAUGUCCCCCUCUCUUUGUCCCACACUGCAGAACUUGGACGUCAGAUUUUCGACUGUAAAAACUCACGUCAUGGACGCAGAUUCUCACCCGUGCACACACGCAGGAGCACACAGACUUCUCCUUCCACACAUAUCCCACUCUGAGACAUCCAUACCUAGUGUCAUGUAAAGUUUCCUUCAGUUCUGAUGAUGUUUAGUGGAUGAAUCUUCAAACUCUCUCAGUCCAUGAAUGAAGACUUGGGAAAGUCGAAUUUAGAGCCCUGCUGAUCGACUGACUGCAGAAAAAAGGUUGUUGACAGAGAACUGCAGGUGACACCGAGUUUCUUUUUUUAAUAUGAAGAAAAAUAAGAGGUGUCACCAAAUUUGACGCCCCAAUCUUUAAAACUGUGACUGUCAGCAUAAAAUAAAGAUGAAAAAAAUGACAAAUGUCCUCAAAACGGACAGAAGAGGAACGGAGGGUUAAACUCAUGACAUAUUGGAGUUAAAUAAGACUAAGAAGCAGCAAAUCUCUUCUCGUUUUAGCAGAAGAGAGUAUGAGGGUCUCCAGAUAACACGGUCACCUUUUCUCCCAGAACACCUGCUGCUCUGAAAUGGAAGGUCUCUGUGCUUUUUCUGCGUCUCUGUCUGUUACCAGCUCGGGCGUUACACCACAGAGGGUCAGCUGUUUCUGGGCCCUCUGGGAACCACGGGGGACGACACUCUCUGUGUGGUGGACGAUCAGAUCAGCUCGAUUCCUCGGCUUCUGAACUGUGAGGAGGUGACCAACGUGAAGCAGAAGACGUGGGAUUUCAGUCAGGUGAGCUGCAGGAGGAGAAUCUGAGGAUUAGGUGUGUUUUCAUAAAAGAACAAAGUGUCUGCUGUUUCUGAUCCUGAAUUUAUUCAAAGAAACAAGAGUGCAGCAAAGAUUAUCGGACAGGAUAAUACAGUACACUCUAAAAACUGUGAGAGCUCAGAUUUAAUGUCAACCAAUAAAAACAGUCAGAAACAGAUUUUAUUAAAGAAAAUGAGACGAUCAGAUCUAUCAAACCUCUCCUCUCUCUGCGUCUCUGUCCUGCAGAACAAACCCUUCGUUAAUCGAGCCACAGGACGCUGUCUGGAGGUGGUGCCGGUGAAGACCGGGUUCGGUUUCCAGCUGGUUUUACAGCCCGGUUCUGGGCAGACUUGGACCAUCAAAAACACCAUGAAGCAAUAGACAAAAAGGACUGAAGACCAGACUCUGGAGGACUUUGGACUUUAGUUUCCAGGAGUGGAGACGUGUGCAGAGCGAUGAGAUGAUGUCAGCUGAUCAGCUGAUUCAGUGUUUUCAGGAUUGUCUUCCAAUAAAUGGUUUCGGUUUCUUGACGGUGCUGCAGAGAAAUCUUGAUUCAUAAUUCUCGCACAUCAUCUGGACACAGCCUGGCCUCAGAACGGUUUAACAGGUUCCUCCUUUGUGUCCCUCUAAAACACAGAUCACAGGAGGCAGACAGGUGGCCCCACAUUUAAGAGAGUCCCCUGUGAUUGAGCGGAGAGUUAUGGGUUCAGUCCUGCAGCAGCUCGGCCUGAUAAAGUGUCCUUGAACUGCUGCUGCUGCUUCUUCAGCUAAAGGCUGAACAUGUAAAUGAAACAGGAGGAGUCUGCGGGGAGCACAGGGCUCUGUUUCUAGCAGAGGGUCGGGGUGGGUGGGUGGGUGGUGUCACCCUGAGGACGCAGCGUGCAUGUUAACACGGGUGAAACACUCGUGGGCCUCCAGCAUGACAGGAUUACUGAGGUCCUCGAUGAAAAAGAAGCUGCAGGAUAAAGUCCAGAAAAUAAUGACUGAAAAUAAUCAACACAAUAAUCAAUAAUCAAUAAUCAACAGGAGUGGAAAAACUUCUGAUGGUUGACUUGAUCACAUGUGGCUGAUUUGUGCAUUCACUGUCAGCCUCAUGCUCUGCAGGCCCAGCGCUGCCCUCUCGUGGCCAAGUGUGGUAAUCACAGAAUUUGAUGGUUUGCAAAUAAAUUAAUGUCCAUGUUUCAUUUUUAGAAAUUACGGAAGCAUAUUGCAUUCACCAAAAAAAGGGUCUGUUUUUCAGGGUAUUUUUUUUUCUUUAUAGACUAAUCAUUAUUUUCUGUUCUCUGUGAUCAUGAUUGUAUACCCUAUGUUUAACUAAUAACAUGUUUUACUCUCAUUGACCUCCGUAGUCAAAGUUAUCUAACAGCAAGAGAAUCGGCUGAUUAAUGUUGUCUGAUUGUACGAGAUUCUCGCAGGAUUUUGAAGUAUCUCAUUUUGUUAGGAAAAAAAAAUAUUUGGAAAAACAGAAAGAUGGGGGGCAUAAAAGGAUGAAAAACAGAAUAAAAACUUGUCCAAAAAAACAAAAACAGAAGAAAAAAAAUUGUACAAAAACAGAAAGACAGCAAGAAAAAAAAAGCUUAAAAAAAAA